AUGUCGAAUCCACCGGAAAGGCCAUGGACUGAGGAGGAGAAGUACACACUACUCACAGAGAUCUUGAAGAAAGCGGGAAUUCCGUCGAGCCAUCUAGUGAGGAUCGUCCGAGACUUUAGUAUCUCCCCCAGCUGGGCAGAUAUACCUCUCCCGCCAGGUCGGUCCCUUAAUUCCUGUAAGAUGGCGUUCUAUAACAUGUGCCAACAUGUGCCAUUACCGGUCAACCCAAGUUUGCCAUCUUUCCCGCCAGGGCGCCAUGAGCCAUCCGCCUCGUCAACUACUCCAUUAGAAAGUGGUAUCGCUCGCAAACGGCCUCUCCUUCCUGCAGACAAACCGAUUCUUGCCCCGCGCGCGAUCCAACCACGUCUAGCGGCCAGUACCGCUUCGUAUAGCAGCGAGAGCGGCGCUUCUACCCUCCUAUCCCCCAGGUCGGAAAGUCUCAAUGCGCGGGGCGAACCACCGCGGAAGCGCGGUCGACCAAGCAAGGCGGAAUCCGAGCGACGAAAGGCAGCUGCUGAAGCUCGAGGAGAGCCCUAUCCCCUCCCACGAAGAUCCGGCUCCAACAAGACGAAAGGCCCUUCCACGCCGGCCAGUCCCUCCACUACCGAGCCUGUCAACCCGCCGCUUGCGCCCCAAGCCAUUACGCCUAGACCUCCUCCCACCAUACCACAGCCCGAGCUACGCUAUGCGCCCCCUCCACCAGCGAGACCUCCGGGGCUGAUCCCGCCAAACGACGACAUCCGAGCGCGUGACAUACAUAGUCGAGAAUUAGGACCGACGUUGAGGGAGCUUCCGAUGCCAGCUGAGAUGAGACAGACCCUCCCCUCGCCGCAGGCCCUGCAGUUGGGCCAUCGGGAAACGAUCGCGCGGAUGGACCCAGGAGAAAGGCCGUACGACCUACACCCGCAGGAGAGGAUGUCCCUUGUGGCCGACAACCGCAGAUCACUCCUUCUUCCUACCACUGCACGACCAGACGAACCACCAGGACCAGCACCCGACAUUGUUUUACGCAACCCAGUCGACAAACGAACUGAAUGA